UUUUCUUCAUGUUACUGUUUUGUUUUUUGCACACGAACUUUGUGGAUCAAUAUCACUGGAUCAGUCAAAUUUUUAAAGUCCUGGGCAGCUGUGCGGACGACGGCUGGUCGAUGAACGUCCAGUCUGAGGUCCGUGCCAUUGAUGGUUACCCUGUGGUGCUGCCCUGCACCUUCAGCCACCCACAGCAUUCCCAGCAUUCCUCGCUGCAGGUGCUGUGGCGUCUGGGCCAUGGCCAGGGAGCCACCGUUCUGUUCCACUGCACCAGUCGGACGGGGGCCUCGGCUUGUGAGCCAGGGCCCCAUCAGGACCAGCGGUACCGACUGGAGGGGAACCCACGGGAGCACGAUGUUUCACUACGCAUCAACAGUGCCACCCUGCAGGACAACGGGCGUUACUACUGCCGGGUGGAGGUGCAGGGCCGGGAACAUGUCAGCUUUGAGGACAAGAUGGGGACCCGGCUGAGGGUGGAGGCACCGCCAAAGAUUCUGGCCCUGUCAGUAGGGGGAAGCGAUGAGUCCGGUUACACAGCUCUUUGCCGGGUCCAGGGUUCCCCACUUCCCGAUGUCCAGUGGUUGGGUCCGGACGAGCUCUUGGAGGGUUCUGCUGUGGUUCCGCUGACUCAGGGAACUGUGGUCCACUACCACACCGUCAGUCAGCUGAGAGGUGUUGCGGUGGGGCAGCACUACACCUGCAGUGCCUCCAACCCUCUGGGCAAAGACCAGGCCACGCUGUACAUCCUUAGACCCCACUCACCCCCGACAGUGGGUCGGACUGCACCCCCCGUCCUGUUGGUGCUGCUGACGGUGUCCAUGAUCGCAAAGCUCGUCCUGCUAGUGGGUGUAGGGGCGUGGUUGGUGAGGGGCGGAGCUUUUUGGUGGGUCAGCUGCUUGUGGAAAUGAGCUAAAAUCCUUAGUUUUACUUUGGUUCUGAACAUUCUUUGGGGCAGAACACUGACUGAAUUGUAAAGACGUUUCAAUAAAAGGCAAACAUUAAGUCUUAACAAGAAUUUCCAAUUUAUUAAGAGAAAAUAAUGAAGCAAGAAAAAAAAACAACCCAACACUCGAACACACCAUAAAUAUAACAACAGUAGGUGCUAAGAAAAAACACGAGUAUGUCACUACUGAUUGGAGCCUUUCUCUAAUCAGACUCAGCUUCUCCAAACAAACACCUAAAACCAGUCAUCUUUAUAUAAACAUCAUCAUAAUUUACAUGUCUGUAAAAACCACGGUAUGAGUUGCAUACAAUCCCCUGAUUAUUAAAAUGAAUUAAUAAAAUGAGCUGCGAUGCUGCCAUCUAGUGACCGGAGGUGUGUUUAUCGUUCAUAAUGUCCGGUUCGUGUGUUGUGAAGCGUUUUUGGAGAAGCUGGGUUGAGAGAAGUAAAUGAUUUUAGAACGAGUUACUGAAAUAAAAGUCCUUUUUCAGAGCACCGAGGCAUCUGACUGGGCCGAGGCCGCGGCAUUAAACUAUUUUAGGGCAAACAUCAUGUGGUGAAACCCAGGCACUGCGUUAUAGGGUUUUUAUUGUCAGAGGAAAAACCGAUAACGAUUCUUACAGAUAUGACAUAAUUAUGCUAAUAUCCUGCCGAUGAUAUCGGUGGGCCAAUAUCGUCAGACGUCCCUGGUUUGUGGAUGUCUGGACCAGUGUGCUGGACUAUCGGACUACACAGGGAAGAACUCUGGUCUCUUGUAGCACACAGGGCGUGCAGAUUGACAGCACUCCUCAUCUCUCCAUCUGAACGAGCUCAGACUCAUGAUGGUGCACUGGCCCUCGUUCAUUUCUCCGGGUUCGCCCUGGGCCCAGUUGGUCUGAGCGACGGGUUCCUGGUUCAGCCAGUACCAUUCGCCAGUCUGAGA